CUCUGGUGUGCCCUAAUUUUUUUCCGUUUCAAUUCAGCCCUCUCGAACUCUCUGUCGAUCGGCUCCUCCUUCAUAAAUAGAUUCUUUCUUCAGCUCUCCCGAAUCCGCCGGAGCCCUCCUUCCGGCGACCGGCGACUGACCGCUGUUGCAGCUUGCAGCCUUGAACCCGCUGUCGUGCUCUCGACUACUUUCUUCCCCUCUUACGAUAACUGAACUACUAGUAAGAUCUUCAUUUUAUUGAUUGCUCGGGAAUAGAGGGGGGCAAUGGAAACUCAGAAAAAGGAAGAAGAUAAUUUAACUGCUCCUGCUAGUUCCUCUGGGUUUUUGGGUAAAUUGGAAGAGAAGUAUAAGGAACUCAAAGAGAAUGCAGAAACAUAUCCUUAUGUGUGGGGCUCAUACAUUGUUGUCUAUGGUGGUUUUGCUCUUUGGACUGGCUAUAGAUGGAGAAAGCUUCGGAAGACCGAGGAUCGAGUGCGUGCGCUACAGGAGAAGCUUCGACAACGUUACGAAGCCGAACAGUCUGCCAAACAAUCGGCCAAUUCAGUGGCAUCAGUUGAAAAAGUCUCACAAUCUGUUAAACAGCCUCCUUCCAAUCAGUAACCAGGUUUUGAACUAGUUUCAUGUUGUUCCUCACCCCCACCCAGAAAAUAAGCUAUUGGUUGGAUAUAUAUAUAUAUAUAUAUAUAUAUAUAUAUAUAUAUCACAUGGGCAAUUGAGAAGAGUUCCAAUGUGUGGAAAUUUUGGAGAAUAGUUUGAUUUUUGAUGCCUCUUUUUCUUCUGACUGGUAAUUUUUGUUCAGGUAGAGCAUUUUUUGAAAUGUUGAACAUGUGAGACUUCUUAUAACUCAAUUAGAGGGGCACUUUUGAUAUUGUUUUGUAUGCUGGAAGAGAUAAUAAGUUCAAGAUCACUUAUGGAGCUCUGUUUUUUAGCUCCUUUCACAGGGGAUUUCCCUUUAUCCUUCUCAUUCCAUAUUUUUCAUCACAUCAAUGAAAAGCUUGUUGGCAAAACAGAGAGAGCUCUGUUCUAGUUAAAGAUCAAUUGUGCAAUGUAAAUUAAGGAGUCAGAAGAACAAUUUACUUCUAACACAUAAUGACCUUUGUUGGAGGGAGUAUUACUGUGUUCACAGGAUUCGAGCUUUUGACCUCUUUGUCGAAGAUACUAUUACAAGAAUUGGAAGAUUUCCUGACCCGUUUUUGGUUGUGUUGAAAUAAAGUGGUAUGCUAGCUACUGCACAUCGUUUCCCAUCGACGUGCUUCAACACAAGGAACCUUUAGGUGGGGAUCUAACCAUUGGUCGUUCAAGUGGUAAUUGGUGGCUUAUCCGAUAGAUUUGGUCGUUUUUCUGUGACCAAUUGUUUGAGUAGCCAAGCUUGCAAUGGAGCUCAAUUUUUGGAAUGCCUAGCUUUACGACGCCAUCGUUAUGGCUAAUGGCUUUUCACUUUCACGAGACGCUCCCGAGCCGUUUGACGAUGAAUUGCUUUGCCUUUGAUUGACGUCCUCCUUAUUAGCCUGACACCCUGCAUCACUUUGAGGGGAUUCAUUGUGAGUAUUAUUAUCGGCAUUUUCGUUAUUUGUUGCCGCUGCAUCUUCGUUCACAACUAAGCCAAGAGAGACUCUAAAACCACAUGCACGUGAGAUGAUUCUAUACAAGAAAGUUAAGAACCAAAAGAACCAAGGGAGGCAGACCAAUGACAAGCCUGCGACCGGUAGCCAUGCGGUGUUUUCGGUCUCAGGUAGGGUAAUAUACAUCAAAAGACAUCCACCGCCGCUGAGAACCGAGAAGAAGAGAACGAAAGUAACGAUCCAUAUUAAUACACGUCCAACUGAUGGAUCGACCAAAGACAUUUGGUUUUAGACCUCUCAAUGGAUCAAAAGAGGGAUGAAAGCUUCAAAACCUGAGUUAGAAAGAUGAUCUUCUUCGUGUGACCAUCUUCCAUCUUCCUCAUUUAGACACGUUAUGAAUCAAAAGCUCGUGAUAGAGUUGAACCGAAGGCGAUCGAGAUUGUUUUGUGAUCAAUCGAAAAAGUUUGAAGAAGUGAGAGGGUGGAUGAUCAUGAGGGGUCUUGCACGUAAAGGAUUGGUUUGAAAACUUUGUGGAGAGAUCCUCAUGAGGUUCGGUUUGGAGGAACAAUAUCUACAAAAAUUUUGGUCAUGUUUUUUUCUAAUGGUGUUACGCAAUUUCAGCUCUCUCAAAA